UAAAAUUAUAACCGUGCUGCUUGUAAACCGGAACUUUGUAUUGUGUCUAUUGACUCUAGUUACAGUAUCAAGGAGAAGAGACAAAUAUUUGUUGUGUUCUUCCACCACUAUGGCGAAUGUGCGUAUGCGAAUGGUCAGAGGCGGGGAUUGCGCGGGAGGUUUGAGCGUAGUGAGCGGGACGGAGCCGGCGGCAGAGGGGAACCCGGAGCUGGGGAUGAGCUCUGGGGAGAGGGCGGUAAUAACCGAGCACUAUGGACAGACCCUCCAGGAAUAAAAAAUCAGUGGACUAUUCACAGUUUUUAGACUUGGAUGAUGAUGACAAGGAUUUUGCUUCUUCUCCCCCUGUAAGUAAAAAGGCGCGACUGGAGACCAAGAAAGAGAAAAAGGAAAAACCAAUAAAGAAAAUUCACAAAGAAGAGGUUCAUUCGGCGCCAAAGGAUUCCCCGAAAAACAGGUUGCCGUUGGAUGAUAAACUGUACCAGAGGGAUUUAGAAGUCGCUUUAGCGCUAUCGGUGAAGGAGACUUCUGUUAUCAUAGAAAAUGAUGAGAAUGUUCCCAGAAACGAAGCUCCACAGGACACAUAUACGUGUAUUAAGGAUAAUGACUUGUCAGAAGUGUCUUUCUCAAACUGCAGCGUUAACAGCAGCACUCUAGGUCUAGAUGAGAUCACAGAUGGCAAUGAAGACUCGAGUAGAGGCAGAGAUCGCAGGCAAGCGGCAUCUAAGGCCAUCACAGAGCAGAGAAAACUCCUGAAAGAAGAAAGCGGGGAUGAAGAGGAGGAGGAGGAGUUCCGUCCUGAUACAGUAGAGGAUGAGGACUCUGAGAGUGAAGCAAGUUUAAGCGAUGAAGAUGAUGAAUUAGAUUUUUUAACUUCAAAGAAACCAUCAAUUAAUAAAGUUGUUAAAGAAAAGCCAAAAAGUGGAAAAAAGGAGAAAAAUAACUCAAAAGCACAGAAAGCCGCAAAAGAACCUGCUACUCCUGUGACCAUCAAAAUAAAACCAAUGCCAGCAAAGAAGGCACCAGUCAGCUCGCCUGCUACUUCCAAACCACCGUCUUCACACAGUAGCCCCCCGGUGGGCAUGAACAGAACAGCAUGGACGCCUCCGGCUUCAUCUGGCGCAGGCAGGAGUCCUCUGACAGGAAUCACUAUCAGGUCUCCUAAUCAAGGUCUGCGUCUCGGCCUGUCCAGAUUGGCGAGGGUGAAGCCAUUACAUCCAACCACUGCUCUGCACUGAACCCUCUGAUGUAUAGAACGGUCCCAGUAUAUGGCUCCAGUCACAUUACACAGCAGUCUUAUGGAGACUGGUGAGCGAGGACUCAUGGGGAUCCACCAUUGGUAUCUCAUCAGCCAACAGUGGACAUCUGUCCUUUACCAUAGAAGCAACUUCCCUCCUGAUGUUUACUGCUAAAAAUAAUUAUGUCCAGAGAUAUUUUGUACAAAUGUAAAAUUUUAUAUAAUCCAUCCGUAAAACUGGUCAGUAUUGUCCAGCUCUCUCAAGUUUUCACAGUCUUAAAGG